UGUAACUUACUUUCAAAUAAUUGAACAAUCGGCUACUCGGAUAACCAAUGAUGUUAACCGGCCUUCACUUUAUGCUUACAGAAAGAACUAAGUUGUGAUUAUAAAUACCGAAAACGCACUCAGAUUCAUGCAGCAAAUUCAUCAUAUCAUAUCAUCUUCUUCAUUGAACAGAUAAAAAAGAUGGGUGAGAGAAACAGUGGAAGCAAAAGCAGUAAGUGGUGUUUGCAGGGAAUGACAGCACUGGUCACCGGUGGAUCCAAAGGAAUCGGAUAUGCUAUUGUGGAGGAGUUGGCACAGCUUGGGGCCACUGUGCACACUUGUUCUCGGAACGAAGCUGAACUCAAUGAAUCCUUGAAGGAAUGGACUACAAAAGGGUACCGAGUAACCGGUUCGGUCUGUGACGUGGCCUCUCGUGUAGAAAGAGAAGAACUCAUAGCUCGAGUCUCAUCUCAGUUCAAUGGAAAACUCAAUAUCCUUGUAAACAACGUGGGAACAAACAUACAGAAACAGACCCUGGAUUUCACAGCAGAAGAUUUCGCAUUUCUGAUGAAUACGAAUCUUGAAUCUGGUUUCCACUUAAGCCAACUUGCAUAUCCUCUCCUAAAAGCUUCAGAAGCUGCAAGUAUCAUUUUCAUAUCCGCGGUUGCUAGUUUUGUAGCUACAAAUAUAGUAUCGGUUGUAUAUAGUGCAACAAAAGGAGCAAUGAACCAAGUGACAAAAAAUUUGGCAUGUGAAUGGGCGAAAGACAACAUAAGGACCAAUUGUGUUGCACCAGGGCCAAUUAGAACUCCUCUCGGGGACAAGCACUUUAAAGAGGAAACACUUAUGAAUGCUGUAGUUUCUCAAACCCCUCUGGCACGGAUUGGAGAGGCAGAGGAGGUGUCUUCGUUGGUGGCAUUUCUGUGCUCGCCUGCAGCCUCCUACAUCACAGGACAGAUCAUUUGUGUUGAUGGCGGCUACGCUGUGAAGGGCCUCCAUGUUUGAGUUCAGAUUUUUUACUGAUUGGUGUUGUGUUUGUUGAACAUUAAAAAUAUACUACAGUACUUUAAAAACUUUUUAGUAUAUUUUAGAACUUUAAAAUCAGUGAUCAUCCUCUUAUAUUUAAAGGCACAGCAGAAUAUCUACACCAAAAAAAUCCACCAAAGAAUCUUAAUUCCUCCAUAUCUAGCCUUGUUUCCACCAUUUCUGUGCUAUGUCAGUUACACUCUCAUUGUACUGGUUUUUGUGUUUUGUUACGAGUAAUUUAAAUGAGUGUACUUUCCUAGGUUCUGUUUA